AUGUCACCUCAAAUAGUAGUAGUAUCAAUUCAGUUGGGCACAAAUCGUAGUGGAUAUUCAAUAUCUUAUCCUAAUAGAGAUAUCAUUCACAGCGAAUUUAAUAGUUGGGGAGAUGGAAAGACAAAGACAGUGGCUGUUAUAUCACUUGACGAGACUGGAGGCUUUUCAAAGUUUGGUUACGAUGCUCGUGAAGAUCAUGAUAAUGCUAUCUUUUCAAACUACAAGAUGCUACUGUUUGACUCAGAGUCUAGAGAAAAGACAAUGGUCAAGGCUGAUAAUUGUGAUCAAGCUGCAUCGGUAGAAACACUCAUCACAGAGUCACUCAAGUAUCUAGGGUCACAAGCAAGAUUAAAAAUGAUGUCUUGGGUACCACCACUUGAUCAAUCAGUAUUAUGGGUCAUCACAGUACCUGCAAUUUGGGAUGAUGUUGCAAAACAAGUAAUGCGUCAGUGUGCUAUCAAUGCUGGUUUAUGUACUAUAGACAAUCAUCAAGAAUCAUUAUUAUUGGCUUACGAGUCAGAUGCUGGUGCAGUAGAGUGUAUCCAAUCUUUUAAUGGAUGUGUUGAAAUUGGUCAAGCUUUUCUCGUUUGUAAUUUAGCUUCAAACCAUUUUGAAUGUUCUGUGUACAGAUACUUGGCUGAUGGAAAUUUAGAAAGUUUAAUCACAUUUGGAGACAACUUUGGCAAUAUCCAAUGCAACCAACUAUUUAAGGCAUUCAUAUUGGAUUUAUUUGGUGACGAAGUGUCACACAAUAUUAUUGAUAGUCCUUAUUUAAUGACAUUGAUGGACCGGUUUGAAAUACUUAAACAAUCAAUGUGUGAUUCAUGCAGUAAUGACGGCAGGCCAAGACACAUUUCAUUUAAUCCACGAGAUUUUAACAAGAGUAUCGAUUGGCUAGUCCAAAGAGUCGAAACAUACAAUAGAUUACAUGGAACAGAAAUAUGUUACAAAAGGUCUGGUCAUCUAUGCAUCCCAUUUGAUACUUUUUUGACCUUUUUUCAACCGUCGUUCCAAAAAAUAUUGGAAUAUAUGAAACAUCAAUCCUACCUCCCCUAUGCCAUUAGACCAACAUAUAUCUUUAUGGUUGGUGGCUUUAGUGAAAACUAUUUCCUUCAACAGUUGGUAAAGCAAGAGUUUGAAUGGACUGGUGCCCAACUCGUAGUGCCAAGUUGUCCGCAUCUUUCUGUACUCAGGGGAGCAUGCAGACUCGGUAGUACUCGUCUGUCAACCAUUUUCAAACGUACCCUUCAAAGAUCAUAUGCCGCCGCCGCUCCCGGUCAGAGCGACGAGUGUAGACUCUUGGCCCGAGCAAGGGAUUCAAUUUUAGUAAACAAAACAACUUUUCUUAGAUUCAUACCAAAUCUAGAAAACCAACAAUUUGCUAAAAUAGCUUUAUAUUCCUCUGUACUACCAGUCAUAAACAAAACAACAGACUCUGGAGUCUUGUUUAUUGGUAAUAUCCAUUUUGAAUUUCCAUCAUCUGGCGAUUCUCCAAAUGACAGAGUGGUCGAACUAGAUAUUGGAUUUGGAUCAACAGAAAUAUUUGUGUCUGCCAAACACCUACAAACCAAUCAAAAGAUAAAUGCAACUAUCGAUUUCAUUAAUAUUAAAUAA